AUGCGGCUCCCUUACGUGCCAGACCCCCCACCAACAACCACAGAGGAUGAAGCGAAGAUUCUGGCUAGUGUACAGGCGCGACGAGCUCCCAAGCCCCUCCUGCCUCUCGACCUAGCGCUUCUACACUCUUUCCCCGUCGCGGACGGAUGGAACUUAUUUAUCGGAGCCAUUCGCACUCGCACCAGCCUGUCGACUGUGGUUCGGGAGCUUGCCAUCUGUCGUGUUGCAGUGGUCAAUGGCGCAUUGUUCGAGUGGGAGCAGCAUGCGCCAUUGCUUCAGGAAGGCGGAUUGAGCGAGGAGGCUCUCCAGGUAGUUGGGGAUGCGCGGACGGAUUUCUCCGAUACAAUUGCAGAGAAGGUGCUGACUCGGGAACAAAGGGCGGUGUUGAAGUAUACUGAUGCAAUGACAAAGACUGUGAAUGUUCCAGAUGAGGUGUUCCAGGCAUUGAAGGGGUGCUUCAACGAGAAGGAGGUUGUUGAGAUCACGGCCACUGUGGCUGCAUACAACUGUGUGAGUAGGUUUUUGGUAGCGCUCGAUGUCGGGGAGAAGAACGAUUGA